GAGACAGGGAGACACAGAGACAGGGAGACACAGAGACACAGGGACGGGGAGACAGACAUACACGUGCAGAGAGACAUACAAACCGGCGCGUGUCUGAUUUAACACAGCUCUGUAUGUAGUAAGCGGCACGAUAGAAUGUGUUCGAGUGAUUCGCUUUGUACUCGGGGUUUAAUUAACGAGCUGUUGCUCUUCUAAAAAAGCCACCGUAUGCUGCUGAUGCUGCUGCUCAAUACAGUUUGCCAUAAAGUUGAAACAAAGACGCUUCUCCGUCCCGAAACCAAUCAUCUUUCGCUCUCUCUCACACACACACACUGCGCGCCGCUAGUCCCCACACAGCGGCACGGACCCCACAGACACUUGGCCCACAGACGCUUGGCCCACAGACACUUGGCCCACCGGCGAACAGAGAGCCAAGAAAGCCAUCCCCGCGUAACUUUUAUCUCAAAUGCCGGAGUGACCGAGAAGAGAGAGCGAGCACGCGGCUUGCCUUCGUUUUAUAACGCCAUCAUCAAGCGCUGCUGCUGCUGCAACCAACAUCACCAACAUCAUCAUCAGCACGUCCCACCCACUCAUCCCAGCCUAACCCUACCCCUAAAGCAGCAGCAGCAGCAGGCACCCCCCCUCCUCCUCCCCCGCCCUAAGCACAACCUCCCCACCCAAGCCCUUCCUCCUCCUUCCCCGUGGCUCCAUCUCUCGCGUCCCCACCUCCGCCUCCACCACCUCGCCGUGCUCGGCAGCUCCAUUGAACCCUCACCGAGCCGCGGGGCCAGCCAGACGCGGUCCCCACCCCUCCUCCUCCUCCUCCACCACCACCGCCGCCGCGCUUCGUAACAGUGGCGCGGAGAACGGAGAUCGAGUAGGCGACUGUGAGCCCCAGAGAUAGGGAGGAGGAGGAGGAGAAGAAGACGAAGUGGGGUGGGGUGGGGGGCUAAUAUAGUGAGGUCUAGCGAGCGAGAAGAGUGAAACAGCGAGGAAAACCGGCGACAGUGACGAAGACUAAAAAAGCUCAAACUCCCGAGCAGCAUCAUCAUCAGCAGCACAGAUGGAACCGGGCAGCAGCAACAGCAGCAGCAGCUAUGACCUUGGCGAGGUGUCGUCGCCCAUCGCCGUGUGCAUUCGUUCCACCACGGGCUCCGAGUUCGAGGUGACCGUCUCGGCCGACGAGACGGUGGAUGGACUCAAGCUGCAGCUGUCCCGCCGCCUCAAGGUGUCCCGGGACAGACUCACGCUGCUGCACAGAGAGACGCACCUGAGAACGGGCAAGUUGCGCGACUAUGCUGUGUCCAACGGAAGCAAGCUAACAUUGGUGCCAACGGUGGAGACGGGACUCGUGUCGCAGUCGGCAAGGCCGGAGCAGUCGGUGAUGCAAGCUCUGGAGAGCUUGUCUGACAACCAGGUCAGUGACUUCCUGUCAGGCCGCUCACCUUUGACCCUCGCCCUGCGCGUCGGAGAUCACAUGAUGUUCGUGCAACUUCAGCUGGCGCCCCAGCAACACCAGCAGCAGCAGCAGCAGCAACGGCAACAGCAGCAGCAACAGCAGCAGCAGCAACAGCAGCCGCACAGCCACCAUCACCACCACCACCAUCACCACCACCACCACCACCAUCACGGCGCUCCCCGCGACCCGCGCUUCCAGCGCUACUCGCGGGACCCGCGUGCGCACUCGCACGCCACGGGCUGCCUGCACUCCUGCCACCAGCGCCAGAACCGCUCCGCCGCCUCCUCCUCCUCCUCCUCGUCUUCCUUCUCCGGGGGCCACCAGGCGUCCGGGUCCAGCGCGUCGGCCGGCGGCGUCUCUCCCUUCGUCGCCCAGCACCAACGGGCGGCGCCGCCAGCGGGCCACCACGGCUCGCCCGGCCACCACCUCCCCGCGGCGGCCCUCCAGGCGCAGCCCGCUCAUCAGCUGUCGGCGCGCCACCAGCUGCCGGCCGCCACUCAGCACGCCGGCUCCUCGGGCCAUCCGGCGUUCUCCCUGAGCCACUUGGCCGGGCAGCGGCAGCAGCAGCAGCAGCAGCCGCCGGGCGGCAGCUCGUCGCCCACGCAGGCCCCCGCGCCCCACUUCGGCAGGAUGUCCAAUCAGGCGUGGCACGCGGCUCGGGCGGCCAAUCAGAGCUGUCCAUGCGGGCCGCCACCCACGCCAGCUGCGGCCCACGCGUCGACGCAAGCGCCGGCCAGCACGGCGGUGGCGGCACCGGCGCCGUCCGCUCACAGCCGGGCCCGCAAGCCCGGGGCCAUCAUCGAGAGCUUCGUCAACCACGCUCCUGGCGUCUUCUCUGGAACAUUCUCCGGCACGCUGCACCCCAACUGUCAGGACAGCUUGGGCAAACCUCGUCGGGACAUCAACACCAUCCUGCACAUCCUCAACGACCUGCUGAGCGCCACUCGCCACUACCAGGGCAUGCCUCCCUCCCUGCAGCACCUCCACCGCCACGCUCAGGCGGCCGCCACGUCCGUGGGGGGCAACGCGAACGGCACGGGAGUGUCCGGCCAGGGCCUCGCCACCCCCGUGCCCUCGCCCGCAUCCUCCCCUUCCGCCCACUCCUCUUCGCCGUCUUCAUCCCCCGCCGCCACCUCCUCGUCUUCUUCUCCGGCCACUGCCGCCCCCCUUCCUCCUCCAGCUGUUGCUGCUGCUGCCGCCACUCCGGUGCCUUCCCAGCAUGCACUGCAUCAGCAGCUCCAGCAGCAGAUCCAGCGGGAGCUGGCGCACCGCGUGGUGGGAGUGCGCUCUGCAGGUGGCGACCGGCUACGUCAGCACCAGGAGAACAGCGCGACGCGCACCAAGGUGGAGCACCUGCAGCUGCUGAUGCGGCAGCGCAAGCUGCGGCGCAAGCAGCGCAGGGACUCGCGCGCCCCCUACCCGGGGGCCGGCGGCGCCGGGGGCCACGACGGGGCGGUGGGGGCAGGGUGGGGCGGGGCGGGCUGCGGUGGGGCCCCCGGGGCGGCCGGAGGGCAGCGCAAGGCCGGGCGUGCGGGCAGCGAGAGCAGCGUGGCGAGCGACGCGUCGGGCCUCGACCUGGAGCUGGACGAUCAAGCCGUGGUGGAGAACGGGGCGAGCAGCGGCGCGUGGGCCAACUCCGCGGAGAUGGAGCCGGAGUACGUGGUGGCGUGAAGCGAGGGCAAAGGCCGAAGAGGAAUUGAAUAGAAUCGACGGCAGCCGAGACAACUGCAGCAGCAGCAGCAGCAGCAAAGAAAACAUGCCACGACCGUUUGUUUAAAGGAAAGAUGAGUGGGGCUGAUUUUUUUAAGUAAAAAUUGGCGGUGACGGAAGUGGAAUUUGAGAGCGACAUGAGCCAGGCUCUGGGCGAGCCUGGCGGGGUUUUUUUUUUUAUUUGUUCCCGGUGUCGCGUUUGAGAGUCGUGUUGUAGCUGCGGCGCGCGUGCUCGAGUUGCUGGAGAGAGGUGCCAUUGAUUUGGUUUUGGUGGGUGGGGAAAGUGAUUUUUUGUGUUUAUUUAGUAUCAGGCCUCGACCGAUUUGGUUCAGGUGCAGCUUGCGGCGGCGUUUUCAUACGACGGUGUGCGGGAGGUCUGCUCCGUGGCGUACAAAAAUAACCUCUGCUAGGGGCAGAGCAAAGGAGAAAAUCCGACUUGGCCACAAACAUGGCCGCUCCAGUCACACUUGGGUCCCGCCUCACGUAGCAUACGCACGCAAAUAUAUCUAUUACAAUUUCUUAACAAACAAAAUCAGAUAAAAGUAAAAAUGGAGGCAUUGCAGUUUUCGUUUUCUUGAUGAACCUGAGGUAUAGAGGUUGUGUUUGUUGUCAGUAAAAAAAAAAUUGUCAAAUCAAACAGAGAGACUAUAUUGGCACGGGAGGGUGUCCUAAUGAUAUUGAAUGGCGGUGUAUGUGUCCAUUUUGUAAUGCCUCGUUAGUGACAACGUGGACGCAAUGUUUCGGCAACAUGUUAAGAAAAAAAAUGUUCUGGAUUAUUGAAUUACAACUCAGAAACCCGCCAUUAACAUAAAUGCAUGUGUUAAAGUAGGUAACGGUAAGGAAGGAAAUUCUCCAUAAAGAUGGACUCGAGUGUUGAAACCCGCCCUUGUGUUUGAUUCAAUAAUAAACGUGUGAAGUUAAUCGUGCUGCACAAUGGAUGAUAGAUGUUAACGCUCGUGUAAUCGUGACGGGAAAACUCGUAAACGUUUCGGCAAAAAAGAAGGCUUCCUUUCCGAUUCCCGUGAAACUUUAAAAGGGGGGGCCGCGCGUUUCACCGACGGACGCGGCGGCGGGGGAAAUGACGCGGGAAAGAGUCGACGCGAAUGAAAGAGGGAAAAGACAAACCGAGAUCCUUGAGGAGGUGCUCCGUCAGCCCGGGGGUGUGACAACCCCUUUGUGAAACGGACACGAGGCAGGGGGGGGAAGAAAGCGGGUGGUUUGGGAGACAACGCUCCGAUUGACGGCAAAUUGCACGAGGAGAAAGAAAAAAAACAGACGUUUAAAUGCUUGAAAAAAAAAUGUGAUACCGAUUGAAACUUGUAACUGACCUGAGGGACACAAGUCUUUAACUUUGCUCAGGAUUUACAAAAAUCUCUUCCGUUCGUCAGCAAAGUCUCGGACCUACCAACAUCAACAAGAAAGAACCGCCCCCGCCCCCCCCCCCCACGACACUUGAAACGCUAAACUCUCUAACUUCGUGCGACAUCAUCACGACAAGUUGUACACCCUACUCGGGCAAAAAGAAAAUACUACCGUCUGCCACAAUGUUUCGUUAUUUUUGUGUCACCUGCAGCUGUAGUGAGCGGAGCGCUUUUAUUCGAAUCGCCCAUGUCGUGCGUGUUGGGCAAAAAAAUAUAUAAUACCAAUAACAAUAAUAAUAAUUAAAAUAAUAUUGUACUGUCUGAAUGCCGUAGAUAUUGGAUGACUUUGUGCGGUUAGUGAUUUUGCUCAGUGUACGUGUAGAAAAUUGUGUACUAUUAGUUUACGUUGCAGCCUCUGUAAAACUGAAAUCGUUUCGGGAAGGCUGGGCUGUGUCGAACAGUAACGCAAGUUAAGAAACAGUUUCUGUCAAAAAACAACAUUUGUUUCUAUUAUAUAUUCAGGUAUUUUUUUCUUCUAUGCUAGCAUUACUCUAUUAAGCACCAGGAUUAUUAUUUUUGUUCGUUUCCCUUGAUUUAUUUUCAUUAGACUCCCAACAGCACCCCCCUCCACCCCCAUAUGGCUGAUCAUUUUAAAAUGAUCCCUCCUACUUUUUUUCAGAUAAAACAAAUCAUUAUUGGCUCAAGCGUGCCCGCGAUCACGUGCACGCACGCUGCAGUCUCACCCUCUCGCCGGCUUCUUUUUUUAAAUAUAAAGUUGCAAAGAUGCACGCUAUCUAGAAAAAAACGCAACAAUAAUAACACCACGCUCUCUCAAAGAAUUAACUUCCAAACUUCAGUCUGUCGCACGCGGGCUCGCAUCGCGCGCGAGCAUCCCGUCAAAUCACCGCGCGUUCUUAGUUAUGCGGCCAAAUGGUUUAAUUCACAUACGUUGAUUUACUCACUCCACAAGUGAAACACCGUCACGACCCAUCGGGUGUUCGCGACGUACACAACUGCAGGUCGAAGGUCACGUUGUGUUUCUUGUGUGCCGGCAAGUUCAACGAAAGUGAAUCGCAGUGCCCCUUGGCUGCAUAAUUCACAACUAUGGCAAGCCUUUCGUGGGUCAGUGGUUAUCUCCUUACAAGCCUCUUUUGAUGUUGCAAUAUGUUAGACACAAUAAUAAUAAUAGUGACCACGAUAGUAGCAUUAGUCUUUCCAAAUCACAGGUUCCCCCUCCCCGUGGUCUGAUGCCCGUGUAAUGUACAUUUUUGAAAUCUUAUUCACUUGUAUCAAGCUCAUGUACUUGUACUGAAAUGAAUAUGCUCUUGGGUAAGUCUGUGUCUGAAUAUGAACUGCACGUGAUAGAAGCACAGAAGUGCCGUUUCCCUCUCAUUGUACUUGUUCUUAAGGGUUGUAUAUACACACACACAUUUCCUUCGUCACUAGUUUAUUUUUAAAGGCCUUACAGAGUCUAUGGACUAAGUUCAAACACCACCCUCAACUCUAUGUUCUCCUGAUGAUGAUGAUGUGCUUUCUGUGACUGUUGUUUUUGGACAAGCUCAGAAUACUGGGGAACACGAUGUCAGGAAGCCGCGCAGCAAAAUGCAUCCUCAGAAGUAAAAACUGCUUUAACAAAUUGCUCGCGAGCGUCGGCGUGACUCCGUUGUGGCCGCACGUCGCGGGCGGCGGCUCCUGCCCACGGCGUCGCGACAAACCCAGCGGAAUCGGUUCACGAGGGCCCUCGCGCGACUGACGACGCCGAAAGCCCCAGCCCCAGCCCCAGCCCCGCAUCGUCAGGUGACCUGGAAUCCCAAGCGAUUGGCGGCUUGCCUCAUUGCCUUCGUUUCGUCAAUUCAACACCCCUCCCCCCCCGCCGCCUCCCGCCUUACCCUCCCGAUUGCAAAUUGGUAAUGUUUAAUUUAAUAAUCGAUCAUGUAAAAAAACGUCGUUGGCAAUUUUUUGGGUUUUUUUUUUUUCCCAAACAAAAGAGGCCCUUGCACACGUGGUCUUGCGCAGGUGGUCUUGCCUGGGUCGCUCUGCGAAAGCCACGUGGCCUUUUUCUUUUGUGUUGCGCUGGGGGAAUUCAGGGAAUCGCACCAACCGGAAAGAGGAGGAGGAGGAGGGUGCGUUUUUUGCUGCGCGGACUUCCGAGUUUUGUUUGUCCGUGAUUGCGUCCCCUGUGCCGGCAGUAGUUUGUUACGGUGCUCACCUUUGUGUGUUCACGUUGUUGCUCAUUUCUGGAUGUUUGUGGAUCGUUUCUCAGAAAGGACGCCCGUGUGUCAUUCGUGUGUGUGUUUAAUUACAAGGAAAAACAGACACCCCACCCCCUCUUGCACGACCCGUACGCCUGCAUAAUCGAUGGUGAAUGAUUUGCAGGUUACGCAUUGCCAAUGAUCCAGAGCCAAACGUGCAGCAUUGUGUAUCUCAAGUCGGUUUGAUCACUCCGCAGACAAAUCUGCGCACGGCAUUGCUAUGCUCUGCGUGGCAAUGCAUCCCCGAUUGUGAAGAAGCGUUCCAUCAGCCGGCAUGGUACACUCCAAUGCAUUGACACCUCUUAUAUAUAUUUAAAAAAAAAACAUUACAAAAACAUAAAGCCUGACCCUCAUUCCGUUGUGAAUGGAUCUGGAGUAAAUAGGCCAAUUUCAAUAUAGUUUUACUUCCCCCGAAAUUGGACGCAGAUUUCUGACAGGUGUAAGAAUAUAAAAACAACGUGUUGUUUUCAUAUGCACUCUAAAGACUGCUUAUGACAGCCAGACACUACGAUACAAAGUAGAUUAGUAAAUGCUGUCCACAAACACGUAUCCUCCGUUAAUAUGCUGCAGCUGCUAUUUUGACGGUAAACACCCCAACCAACAUUUCUGAUGGAGGCCGUCUUCCACCCCCCCCCCCCCCCCACAAGUUAAAAUCAUUCACUGGCAGAGCGGUCGCUGGAAAAUGUAUCAAAGAUGUGAAUGAGGGUGCUAGUCUUUUUUUGACUUCUAGCUUGGCCCUCGUCCCAGUAGUUUUAAAAGUGAGCAGCGUUGCAGAAGGGGCGUUUGACACACAAAUUUGCUUUCGCCUGCCUGUGCGGCGUACCUCCUGGACGCGCGACACGGAGGCAACAGAAAUGUGCAGGAACACUAGGGCGACGAGCCCCGUCCGAAUGGAGGCGCCGUUCUCGGAAUGGAAUUGUGAACGUCGCGGAGACGAGAAGAUCCAUCCAAACCGAUGAGUUUAUAAAAUGUGUCUUCGCUGCGUGCUCCGGUGACCGGCCCCGGAUGGUGGCAAGGGCGCUACGUCACGUGUGAGCACGUGAUGUGGAAAAUGAAUAGGAAAAUCCGAAAACAAAUCUUAUUCAGAAAUUGUCAAUUUAGUUUGGAAAUCUGAUGGUUAAAUCCAAAAUCCUAGACUAUGAUAUACACACACACACACACACGGCUAUAACGUGCGUUUAAAUUAGCACCGCGUCCCUUGUGGAUUAAACUUCUCACCCGCGCACCACCUUCACACGUGCAGCAAUAUUUUUGAAAGGCAAUCGGUCUGAUUAUCGUUUAUUCCCGUGUUCUAAAGGGAAACUAAAAUUCGAAAUGUUUUUUUUUCUUCCAGCAACAUGAUUACUUUCAUAAUCUCUUCAGAUUGAUACAUAGUGAUAGGUUGAUGUCAGAUAUAACAAUACUAUUAUGACUGCAGACCUUAGCAUGAUCGAUAUGCAUUGGUUGCUGCUGGGUUAUUUUUCAGAGUACAUAUUUAAAUGUUAAAAAUGACCGUAAUCGUACAAAUUUUAUCUUACACACACACAGAUUACACACGGAAAAAAAAAACAGUAACCUCCUUUGGCAAUAUUGACGACAUUGGAGCCUUAACUCCCAAAUACCGGCCAGGUCAAGGAGAGCAAAAUGCUAUAAAUGUGUGUUAAAAAAAACCCGCAUGCGUAGAGAAACGGGUCAAAGGUCAAAACGUGUUCUGCCCCCUUGAACAACGUUUUGUCGUCUCUGCCGCCAUUCCCAGCAGUGAAACUUUUGUGUGGGGCACAUCGCGUGCAUGCAAGCCGGUUCCCUCUCUCGCCGCUCGCGGCGUUACACCGCGCGGAAAUUCUUAUUCGUUUGUUUCCUGCCUGGCUCUGCGGACCUUCACUAUUCAUGGGACAAUGCAAUACUCUCAUCUGGCUCCUUGGCAUAAGUGCAAUGUCAAGCAAUUUUCUGCAAAGGGAAAAAAAAAACAUGAGAAUACAAAGGAAUGGAAAUGAUUACAAGCAAUAGGAACUUUUGUUCUGGUGUUCUUAAUUUGACACGAGUACAGUAUUUGAUGUAUUUUAACCGUUUGGUUAUUUUUUUUAUUUUCCCAUUUUAAAUAAGAUAUACUGUAACGGUGUACUGUAUGACAUGCGGAAUAGGUUAGAUGUUUUCCGUUGUGUGUGCUUCAAUGUAUAAACGCUGGGUUAGUAGUCUUAAACGGCACAAUGAAUUUACAAAAAAAGUUUGCAAUUUAAACAUAAAUCAGUUUAUUGUUAAAUAAGAUCAUUUCCAAAAGGCAUAGAGCACUGAUGGAUGGCAAAUUACAAUGGCAGUCACGGCGAUAAUGCCGUCAAAGUCUGUGAAAGAAAAAUCACUGCGCAACUGAAUACUUGAUGAAGAAUAGGUUUACGCUUUGGCAAUGCGUCGCACCACCCAUGUUACGGGGAAAGGCCCAGCUGCAAACUGAUGUCUCAGCUCCUUCUGCUGCCACCUAAAUUCGGACUCCCAAAUCCAAAUUAUUUAGCGGACACCAUUUUAAUGAACACCACUCGUUGUUUGCAAUCAAACGAAAAGUAUGACCCACAGAGCUGGAAUUUACCCAUUUAAUUAGAACCCCAAAUUUUAAUUUGGUGGGGGGUUUAACAAAACAGAAUUUGGUCCAGUAACCGCGCACUGGAGCUGAGACCAUCAACUCUUCUGAAUACUUGAGAUCAUGGUGGCUUUUAUUUUCUCACGUGGGGUUGUUACCUUGGCCAGUUUGCAACCCAGAUCUCGCUUGUGCGCGAUGAGGGAUGUCACACGGAAACUACCGAAACGUAAAGCAGUUUUAAUUAAAGCACCUGCCCGAGAACCCGCUGCCUUUGCCAUAAAUUGAGCAACUGAUGUUCAAAUUUGGACUUCCCUCCCUCCCCCCCCCUCGAGUAAGUUCGUUGUGCCGCAGUAGUUGCUGUGUUCCAUCACUGGUGUGUUCUUAGUGUCUCAACGAGAUGUGUUAACCCCUCUCCAGAGCAUUACUCAAUUUCUGUCCUGAAGCCUCGCAAUGGCGGGACAGCGUAUGAGUGUGUGUGUGUGUCUGUACGUCUAUAAGUAGCUGUUAAACAUUCUGACUUGUGGUAGGGCUUAAUGUUUUUUUCUUUUUUUUAUUAAUUACUUUUUUUUUGUACGAGUAUGUUGCAUAAUGAACUGAUGUAAAAUCCACAAUAAACAAAAACGUGAAGAAUAAACACA